AUGGAAGCGGGAGAACAAGAAUUGAAACUUUUAAACGAUAAUAAUAAAAUGGCGGCGACGGUGACGGCGGUGACGACGACGACAACAACAACGACAACAACAAAUUUCCUUAACGUGAAUCAUACAAAUCACGAAGGAGUAGAAAAAGAAAAAAAUACGAUCGACGUAAGAGAUUUCGAAUUAAUAAAUGAAAAAUACGAAAUGGAAAAAGUCAUAAGGAGACCAUCUUCUGCUUUACCUAAAAGUCCAACCGUCACGUCGGAAGAAAUGGACCAAUAUUCGGACAUGUUUAAAGAUAUGCCACUCACGGAGGAAACAACGUGCGGAAUAUCAUGUUUUCGAAGUUCUUUCCUACAGAAAUUUGCAAAUAAAAAAGUUUACGUUUUGCUUUACGGCCUUUUGGGGUGUUUCAAUUCCGCAACCUAUGCUUAUUUUAACGGAACAAUAACAUCGUUAGAAAAAAGAUUUAGAAUAUCUAGUAGAACGACCGGUUUGAUAUCCGUUGGAAACGAUAUAAGUCAAAUUUUUAUUUCCGUUUUUUUGAGUUAUUAUGCCGGAAAAGGACACAGACCCAGAUGGAUAGCUUUCGGUAUGUACACGGUCGUUUUGUUUUGUUUGCUCACUGCCUUGCCUCACGUUUUGUACGGGCCGGGAGAAGAUUCACUACAGCUAACCGUGGAAUAUGGCGGUCAAGCCAAUUUGAACGCAUCCGAUACGUUUGCAUUUUUCGAAAAGCAAAAAAAAAAAACAUUAUGCGACACGAAUCGUACCGUGGGUUGUAUGAAAGAAAGCGAAGAUUUAUAUCCGAAAAUGAUUUUAUUCGUUGCACAAUUGAUCGGUGGUGUCGGGGGAAGCGUUUACUAUUCCCUCGGUGUUACUUACAUGGAUGACAACAUUCAAAAAUCAAAAACACCCGUUUUAAUAAGUUUUGCUUAUUUUUUAAGAAUGUUGGGUCCCGCCAUCGGAUAUGCUUUGGCAUCUUUUUGUUUAAAACUUUACGUUUCACCAAAUUUACAUCCGACGAUUAAUUUAAACGAUCCUCGAUGGUUGGGUGCUUGGUGGUUGGGUUGGCUCAUUCUCGGCGGUAUAUUAGCCUUUUUAUCAGCAUUGAUAGCAUUAUUCCCGAAAACAUUACCCCGAGCUGCGGUGAGGAGAGCAAUCGCGUUAGAAAAAAAUAAAGGUCAACCUCAAGAACCGGAAACUAAACCGUCUAUGAAAGACAUGUUGACAACAAUAAAAAGGCUCAUGAAAAACAAAACGUACGUUUAUAAUAAUUUGGCAUCAAUUUUUUACUGCAUCGGUUACAUGCCCUAUUGGAUAUUCAUGCCUAAAUAUAUAGAAACGCAAUAUAAAUUGAGUGCUAGUUAUUCGAGUUUCGUCACAGGUACGGUUGGCCUAGUGUUCUCUGCCAUAGGAGUUGUUUUGUCCGGUAUCGUUAUAAGCAGGUACAAACCGAGAGCAAGGAUAUUAGCCGCUUGGAACAUGUUUAUAGGAGUCAUAUCCGUUUUGGGAAUGAUAUCUUACAUGUAUUUGGGUUGUGAUAAUCCAACGGAAAUCAAUUCAACCGUACAAGAUUACAACGUGACGAAAACUUGUAAUUUAGAUUGCAAAUGUGAUUACAUAUCAUAUUCUCCAGUAUGUUCUGAACACCACGAAACAUUCAUAUCACCCUGUCAUGCAGGUUGUAGGGAAUCGUAUAGCUUAAGUAAAAAUAAGAAAGUAUUUACCGAAUGUUCUUGCAUCGAACCCAAUCCGGAGAAUCCAUUUGGAAAUUUAACAUCGGAAGAAAUCGUUAAUCCUUCAUCGCCUUUCGGAAAAGCCAUAUCGGGGACGUGUCCAUUAAAUUGCAGCACGGCAUUUCAUAUAUUUUUAGGAGUUGUUUGCAUGUUGAAAUUUUUCGGUGCGACAGGAAGAUCAUCUAAUUUUUUAGUGGGAGUACGUUGCGUAGAAGAAAAAGACAAACCCGUUGCCAUGGGUUUUUCAGUAACGGUUUUAAGUUUAUUCGCAUUCGUACCCUCUCCAAUUUUAUUCGGUUAUAUAUUAGAUACCACGUGUAUGGUUUGGGGUAAAACAUGUACGGGAACGGGAAAUUGUUGGUUGUACGACGGUUACAAUCUAAGAUACGUUAUGAACAUAAUAGCAGCAAUUCUCGUAGCAAUAGGAACAUUUUUCGACGGAUGCGUUUGGUAUUACGUUAAAGAAUUAAAAAUAUUUGACGAAGAGAUUAAAAUAAAAGCAGUAGGAACGGGAGAUUGA